AUGAAGGUGCUGCCAGUGCUGGGCGAGACGCCCUUCAUCGCCCUGGUGCCGCGCGGCCUGCGCUGGACCAACGCAGGGGGUGGUGGCUUCUACCUGGGCAGCCAGUCCUUCAACGAGAUCGAUCCAGGGCUUCGUGCGGAUCUCCAGGUGGACCGGGAUGGCAAGCUCAUGAUGUACGGCCACGUGGAGUUGGUAGCGCCUUUCCUGCUGCGUGGCCAGAGGCGGACGGCAGCUUCGGCAGAGGAGGACUUGGAGUUCCGCCUCUUCUGUUCGCGCAAGAAUCGCAUCAUCGGCUGCAUUGGCGAGCCGCUGCGGGUACAGGUCAUCCACCAGGUGGUUCCGCCUCCACUUGCGACCCUGCAGGUCUGUUGCGACGGCCAUCGUGCCACGCUCCGCUGGGCGGGAUUCGAAUUGGAGGAGAAGAUCCCGGUCGAUGUGAUCCACCUUCGCGUGAAGACAGACCGCCGGGAUGAGAUCCUUGAUGUGAGUCCGGAAGCCACCCAGUACGAACUUAACGAGUUGCUCCCAGACACGGACUACGAGUUCUACCUACGCCUCCAAAGCCACGCGGGCGCAGGUGACAGCAUCUCUUGCUCUUGCCGGACCAAUGCCCGCUGUUCUCCGCCUCUGGGUCUGUCGAGAGCUGGCGCCUCCACGACUUACGUGGACCUCCAGUGGAAGCCGCCACAGGUGCUUGGGAAUGAGCGAACGGGAGAUCGGUGGCAGUUGCAGGCUGAAGAAGUACGCAGCUACGAAGCCCAGCUGUCCAUCGCCGAUGAUUCCCCAAGCCCCAGGAGCCGGAGCCUGUCCAAGAGCCGCACCUCCGCAGCAGCGGAUCUGUCCUUGGACAAGAGCGACCUUUGCAGGCGCUGCCGAUGGGAGAUGGGCUCCCUGCAGUCAAAGUCCUCCGAGCACCUCACUGGCCGUUUGGGGGGCCUUCGUCCGGACACCCUCUACUCGCUGGAGAUGUUCUGCGCCGUGAACUCCAUGGGCGCCGGCACAGCGGCCCGGGAGCUGCAGUUUUGGACCAUGCCCCUGCAUCCGCGUGCGACAAGGCAAAUUGCUGAGCUUUGCCAGUUUGUGAUCCAGCGCAAUUUUGGCUUUGGAGGUCUGGUGGUCCUUACUCUCCGAGAGGCCUUCUUGCGCUUGCUCCAGUGCAAGGAGGACGAGCUCCUCUCACGUUAUGGUCUUCGGGUGAUUGUGGUUGGCAUCGCCACACACAGCCGUGGCGUCGUCGCCAGCCCGGAUGGCUUGGACCUGGAUGCCUGCCUGGCGUCCCCCAGUCUUGCUGGCCUUGGGACCGAGCUUGAGGAUGCGAAGGCCCUCCUCCAGCACCUGAGCGGACACUGCGAUGCAGUCCUGGAGGCCAUCAACGCCUCGCAUCGGGACGGCCAGCCGGCCCUAGAUCUUCUCGAGGCGGCCCUCCGCCUCACGCCCCCAGCGCAUGCCAUCACUGCCAGCAAGCCGCCUGUUGCUUUCGGCUAUCGCAGGCUUUCGCAGCUCGCUUCCCAGAACCAACGGCGCUUCCUCUUCGAGUCCAGCGUGAUGGACGGGGUUCCGGUCUUCUCCCUGCUGCGGCAGCUGCCCGGGGCCUGCGUGCGCCGAAUCUCCGGCAUCCUCAACUCCACCACGAACCUCAUCCUCACCAGGAUGCAGUCAGAGGGCUGCACCUUGGAGGAGGCCGUGGAAUUCGCGCAGGACCAGGGCAUUGCUGAGCGGGACCCGUCCGAUGAUCUCGACGGCAAGGACGCGGCAGUGAAGCUCUGCUGCCUUUCCGCGGUGGCAUUUCGCCGUGACGUCGACCCCGCCCAGAUUCCCACAGCCAGCAUUCGCGGCAUCACGCUGGCGGAGAUUCGGGACGCUGCGUCUCGUGGACUGGCUGUGAAGGUUGUCUGUGAAGCGGAGCUGGUGGAUGGUGAGGUCAAGGCCAGUGUGUCCUUGAGGCACCUGCCCCUCACGAGCGCCAUCGGUUGCCUGCAAGGCGCAUCGUCUGCGGUCACCCUGGAGACCGAUGUCCUGGCGCCGGUAACCGUAACAUCCACAGAUCCCACGACCAUGGACACCGCUUACGGACUUCUUCAGGAUCUCCUGACGGCGGUGCUCGUAAAGCUGGAGGGUGGUGAGGAGAAAUCCUUCCUGAUGGAAGAGGAGAAGCUGCGACGCUUCGCCGAUGAAAUGCCAGAGCUGCCCCUACAGUUCAAGGAGAUGCCAGACUCGAGCAGCAGCGACGCUGAGCACUUCGUGAAACUCAGGGCCAGGAACCCAGGCGGAUGGUCUACAUGGAGCGAGGAAGUGGUGACCAGCUCCAUUGCUCGACAGCAGGGCGCGGAUAACGCCCAAAGGGCCCUGGAGCAGGCCAUGGCACGGCGGGUGCCAGAGAACCUGAUGAAGGUCCUCAAGGAUGUCAGGGACAUCGAGUUCGACGACAAGACCCUGGUCUCGGAGGCGACGGAGCUCCUGGAGACCUUGCAGGCCGUUCAGACGAAGGUUGGUGAGGCGAUGGUGUCGCGGGAUCCCGAGAAUCUUCAGCGAGUUCUGGCCGAAGCUCAGAAGGUCUCGCUUCCUGGCUUGGAGAAGGCCCAAGCCCUGCUCGACCACCUGCAGAGGGUCUGUAAGAACCUCGACACGGCCAAGGGGAUCGAUGCGCUGCGCGCAGCGCUGCGCGACGGGCACGAGGCGCGCCUGCCCGCGCCGAUCCUGCAACGCGCUGUGCAGCGCCUUGGCACACGCGAGGCAGCCCAGCAGGGGCUCGAGAUGGCGAUGGAGGCCGCCCGUGUGCCCGUUCUACGGGCCGCGCUGGACACCGCGAAGGACAUGCAUCUGCCUUCGGAGGAUGCAGCCCUGUCCCUGCUGAAAGCCAUCUCGCACUCCGAGAAUCUCUUGCAGGCGUCGCUGAUCUCCCGCGACAUCCGCGACCUUGAGCGGGCACUUGACUCGUCAGACAAGUCCGGGCUGCGGGAGGAUGAGCUGAUCAUGCGGGCCCAGAAGCUCCUGGCGCGGCAGAUCGAACUCCGCGACGACGCCUCCGCGCGGCUGGCAGCCUCCAUGGAGGCGCGCUUUCCAGAAGAGCUUCAGGCUGCGCUGGAGACGGCCUCCGUGUCGCAGGUUGACCAGCAGAGCAUCGUGGAGGGCACCCACCUCCUCAGACAGCUGGAGCAGCUGCUGGCAGACAUCGAGGCCGGCAACACAGCAAAGUGA